AUGGCGCGACCACACCAAAGCUCCAGUGGGAUCGAAUCAGGGGGGCGUCGCAGUCUGCCCCGUGUGAGCCAUGCGUGUCAACGAUGUCGGGCCAAAAAGGCCAAAUGCGAUCAGAAACAGCCAUGCCUGGCUUGCAUCAAGCGUUCUGUCACAUGCGAGUAUGGCAUCAGAAGGCGGGGCGGCAGGAGGAAACAGCAACCGUUAAGGGAUACCGUAGAGGGACCAAGUCCUUGUCGACCUCCAGCAUUCAAUUCAAGGAGUCCGAGCGGACCGGAACAGAGACAACCCUCACAGCCACCCCAGGAAACAACACCAUCUGACUUUCGCCCUCAGACUCUAUCUGCAGAUGGCUUAGACGUGGUAGGGGACAUCAACCAGCGCACCCAGGGAACCGAGUUCUAUGGAACGUCGUCUAACUUCGUGCUACUUAAUCAGCUUUUUGCUUUCGCUCGGGAACACAAUUCUUCCAGAUAUAUGAGAUCCAACGGCCAUGAGAAUACGCCACAUCUCUUUCCUGUCAGCACCGCUGGCAAUGACGACUUCGUUACCCCAAGAGGACUCGGACUUGCUCUUGGUGAGCAGGAUACCCGUGCCGGCCUGAGAGCUCCACCUCAGGAUCGGGUCUCGAUUAUCAAUCUCCUGUCAAACGAAGAAGGGCUUUCACCGCCAUCGAGACCCAAAACGCCUGCGUAUGGGCAACAAAAUGACUCAGAUCGAACUCACCGUGCAACGAAUGAGACAACGGCAUCUGCACCGUGCGACAAUUUAAGGGGUCACACGCAGAGCACUUCGGUUGACGGGAUUUUUAACAUGCUCAAUGAUUCAAGUCCUGCUACAAGGCGGAGUUAUCAAUCUUUUACAGGGUCAUCGACCCAGAGUUCUAAGAUACAUCUGGAGCGAGUGUAUGUCCACAUAUUCCUGGACAAUCUACAUCACCUCCAUCCUAUGCUUGAUCCAGUCUCAUUUGAAAAGAGAUGCGAGAAAGACAUUUGGUUCGCACACUCUGCUGGUGAGCGACAGAAAGGCUUUCGACAUUUCUUUGCGUUGUACAACAUUGUCGUGGCAGUCGGAGCACUUAUUGCUGGAAGCCAUGUCUUCAAAGAGCUGGAAAGAGACAUACGUUCAUGCAUAACCCAAUCGGCAGAAUCUGAGAGCUCUGGACGAAUCGACUCCUCCCAGGCAGUUUCGCGCCGAUAUUUUCGAAGGUCGAAGGAUUUAUUGGGCGAUACCUUUUCCCGGACACGCUCGCUGACUUUGACAUGGUCACUCUACUGCCAAAACUCGCACAUGCCGCACAGAUGCUACAUGUAUUGUGGUCAAGCCGUGCGUACCGCUCUCGCCAUCGGCCUCGCGAACGAAUCCACAUCGAUGUCAACAGAAGAUCAGAAAGCUGCAAGACGAACCUGGUGGUGCAUCUACUCCCAUGAGAUCGACAUGAGCUGCAGUUCAGGUCGAAGAGAUAGUCUAAGGAAGCCCCACAAUUACCAAACACCACUUCCGUUGAUUAGAGAUCAAGAAGAUGUUUCUGACACACCCAAGAGCGAGGACAGGAAGGUUGCCAUGAUAAAUGAGAUGGUUCGCUUCGCCGCAAUCCUUCGGCGCAUAUCUAAAGAGCUCUACCAUGACGCUAAGGGACUGACCCUGCUACAAAAGUCCAGCAUUGCGAAAGAGUUAGACGACCUUCUUAGCGAUUGGAGAUCGAAGCUGCCAGAUUGGCUUGACUUCGGUAAACUAUCGUUCCGAGAGGAAGAGUGGGCGGGAAAGCAGAAGCUUGUCCUGUACCUCCGGUACUUGAAUGCGAGGAUACUGGCGCAUCGGUUAUUCCUAGCACCCCGUGCAGACGGCAGCCAGGUGGACGUGUCAAGUCAUGUCGGCCUCUGUCUUGAAGCCGCACGGGAGACGAUCCAGGUCCUUUACGUCGCAUAUGCUCACCGUCACUACUUUCGGACCUGGUGGUACAACUCUACAUAUACAUUAUACGCUGGGAUGAUUGUUUUCGAAGAUUUACUGAAUGACGUUGUCAAAGCGCAAAGCAUUCUGGAGUCGAUGCAAGAAGCAACAGUAGCUCUUCGUAGUGCUGAGCUAUUGCGAGAGGGCUUAGAGAUCGCCCGUUCGAGUAGUCAACACGAAACAAAUCUCAACCUUCCACUUACUGGGGGUCACACGAGCCAGGUCAAUGGUAUUCCUCACACUCGACUUGACAUACACGACUCCAUACCAUAUAUCGAUCAGCAGACGCUUCGUACAGCCUUUCCUACCUACGACACCGACCCAGGACCGCUCUUCGCAUCGCUUAUAGAUCCUGGUCUUCUGCAGGACUUUACGACAGGAUUGAACACUUUGGCAGAUCUAGGCGACUCUUCUUUCCUGCUCGAUAACUCCUACAGUAGUUGGCCAGGGGAUUACCAUACACCGACAUUCUCGUAG